AUGGGAGUGGUUACAUGGGACCGCAACUUCAUCACUCAUUCUGGUGCUGUUUGUGUACCUGAUGACUCCAGGCUUCGCCAUCUGCUACUACACGAGUACCAUGACAACCGGUCACACUUCGGCAGUGAGGAGAUUAGUUGGGGGAAGGAGUGGGCUUUGGUGGAUAGAAUGGUUGCUGCUGCUGCUUCUGCUGCUGGUAGCGCUGGUGCUGCUGCUGCUGCUGCUGGCACAGCUGGUACUGCUGCUACUGCUGCUGCUGGGGCUGAGAGUGAGGUGGGAGGCGGGUUGAAAAUGGCGCCUGCGUACCUGGUGCCGUGGGUGGGGGGAGUGAACCCGUUUGCAUGCCUGUGGGAGAUGCUGCUGGGGGAGACGUGCUACUGGGAGUUAUCAGACGGGCGGAGGGUCGGGGUGACACCCAGGGCAGGCUCAUCUGCUGCUGCCCCUGCUGCGUCAGAUUCAAGAGCACCUGCAGGAGGAGCAGGGGGUAUCCGCUGCUGUGCCUUCCCGGGGUGUGGCAGGGCGGAGAGGCCCGGGAGGCCGCCAUUGAAGGUGUGA